AUGGACCCGUCAACGAAGAGUUUUUUCGUAGCACGUCGAAAAGAGGACCCCGAAAACGCUGUCUGUUGUGACUGCGGUGCUGCCAACCCACAGUGGGCCAGCGUCCCCUAUGGGAUCUAUUUCUGUCUAGUCUGCUCUGGAAAGCAUCGAUCUCUCGGAGUGCACCUUAGUUUUGUGCGGUCAACCACGAUGGAUACGUGGAACCCCAAGCAGUUGAAGAAGAUGGAAGUUGGUGGCAACGGCAAGUUCAAUAAAUUCUGUCGAGAGAUGGAGAUCGAUAAGAUGUCGAUCUCGGAGAAGUACAAUACCAAGGCAGCGGAGUACUACAGGAACUACAUUCAAGCCUCGGUUGAUGGGACCGCCCCGCCUGAGAGGCCUUCUAUCGCAGAAGGGAAAAUGCCUGCAUAUCCUCCUCCGGUUUCGUCGACUAGUGGUAGUCAACGGAGUGUCUCUACCCCGCCAGGCUCGGGCUUGGUAUCGUCCAAUGGUCGUAGCAACGGACUCAAAGCACAACGUCAAACCGGCCGGAGUACUAUCACGGGCUUUGGAAACGAUGGAAUGUCUAGCAGAAUGCAUCAAGGAAGCUCUGAUCGGUAUAGCGCGGCACAGCCCCAGGGAGGGUCGGACCGGGGGGACUACUGGAAUCAGGAAACCCACGAUGAUGAUGAUCCCUUGGGAAACAUGCUCUCUGGCGCUGCAUCUUGGGUCCGGUCGGCGAGUCAACAAAUACAACAGGAUGGCUGGAAUGCGACGGCUCAGAGUUACGCUAACUGGGCAGCUCAGAAGAGCUCUGAAGCGUAUAGUACGGUUACUGAUGAGGCAUUCAAGGAUAAGGUUCGCUCUAAGAUAUCCUCAACAUCGGAUUGGUUCUCGCAGCAACUUGGUGGUACUGGUAGCUCAGCUAGAGGUGAGCAGGCAGCUCAGUAUCUCGGCACGUUGUCGUCGGGGACCAUGGAGUACCAUCAAACACUACUCGGGGGUCUUCUGCUCGAGGAGAGGCAGCAGCUGACUAUCUCAACUCCUUGUCGACUGGGAAGAUGCAAGUACGUUUAA